UAUAUGGAACAUUACAACAGUCACUUACAAAAGGCUGCAUUUUUGCCGAACUUUUUUUUUCUUCGGUUUCAAGCAAAAGGCACUCUUGCUCGUUCAAAACAAACAAUGCCCUCUGAGGUCAAAGGACAGGCCGCCGAGAAGAGAGACGAAGUAGCUGUCAACUCUAAUAAUAAAGAGACACUCGACGACUUUUCAACAACUAGUACAAAGCGUCGAUUCGAUGAUAUCGAGUACGGCAACGUUGAAGACGACGAUGAAGAAGAAGAAGAAGAACUCGACGAGUUUGGUCGAGUAAAACGUCGACGACAAAAGUUUCGAUCUGAACGAACAAUCAAUACAGAUACUGGUACCACAGCUGUUGCUGCUGGUACUGCUACUGAGAAAGAAGAAGGAGAAGAAGAAGAAGAAGAAGAAGAACGCUACCGUCGAAGCAACCGACGAUAUUCAGACGACGACGAUGAUAAUAUUGAUGACAACGACGAUGACUACCACAAUUAUCACCGCUCACGCUAUUCUCGCCGAUAUUCUUCACCACAUUACCGCCGCCGCCGUCGCAGCAGUAGUAGUAGCAGCCGGCGCCAUCAUCGAUCAUCCCAUCACUAUAGAUCCGACUCAGAGAGCGCGGAUGAAGGAUAUAGCCGUCGAAGAAGACGAUCUCAUCACCGAGCGUACCCGGAUAACAGAAAUCCCUAUGAUGCCGCGGCAAGAUACAUUGAUACCGAGUUUUUCCCCACAAAGAUCUACAUUGGCGAUCUUCAUGGUGUAUCGCAAGACGAAUUAGAACGUAUAUUCGGCCGUUAUGGCCCUAUCCGUCAAGUAAAGAUGGUGGAAAACAAAGACUACGCUUUUGUGACCUAUGACGAUCGAGAAAGUGCAGUGGCAGCUAUUCAAAGUAUGCAUGGCGCUUUGCUAGGCUCACGCCAUAUCAAAGUCAAUCGAGCGAAAAUUCCAGAACGUAACCAAGUUGGGUUUGGCAAUGUGCCUUGGACAGAUGAGGACGGGAACCUUGCCAAAGAGGAGAUGCGGAGCUAUCCUGUCAGCCGUGAGAUAUCACCAUUAUUUGGGUCAGAUAAGCAUACCCCGCCACCAACUGGUCGAACGUUGACUAGCUAUGACGAUCUUUGAAAAAAGCUAUGAUUAGUUGGACGAAGGACAGGACUUGGAGGAGCAUAAUGUACACUUCUUUACACAAAAGCAUUCAUCAUACUUAUAUACAUUUUUUCUGCAUUCAUAUUUACACAUCUUCCUUUUCUGUUCCCUUCAUACGAGAGUUAAGACCGGAAUAAAAUUGGAGGUUUAUAUUACAUU